AAAAAAAAAAAAAAAGAGCAACCUCAGGCUUCCGUGUCCCGGAGUUAGCUUCUUAGUCCAGGAAGAUAAAGGAGGAAAAUUACCCAAAGAUGGGUUUCGUCAAAGUGGUGAAGAGUAAGGCCUACUUCAAACGAUAUGAAGUCAAAUUCAGGAGGAGGAGAGAGGGGAAAACCGACUAUUUUGCCCGCAAACGUCUGGUUGUGCAGGACAAGAACAAGUACAACACCCCCAAGUACCGCAUGAUUGUCAGGUUCUCCAACAGGGACAUCUGCUGCCAGAUUGCAUAUGCCAAGAUUGAAGGAGACCAUAUCGUUUGUGCUGCUUACUCUCAUGAGCUGUCCAAGUAUGGCAUCACAGUGGGGCUCACAAACUAUGCUGCGGCAUACUGCACCGGGCUGCUGCUGGCUCGCAGGCUGCUGCACAAGUUUGGCAUGGACCAGGUCUACGAGGGCCAAGUGGAGGUGACAGGAGAUGAGUUCAACGUGGAGAGUGUGGAUGGACAGCCAGGUGCCUUCACAUGUUACCUGGACGCAGGUCUGGCCAGAACCACGACAGGGAACAAGGUGUUUGGAGCCCUGAAGGGGGCGGUCGACGGCGGAAUUGCAAUUCCUCACAGUCUGAAACGCUUCCCCGGUUACGACACAGAGAGUAAAGAGUUCAACGCAGAGGUGCAUCGGAAACACAUCAUGGGCAUGAAUGUGGCCGACUACAUGUCCUACCUGAUGGAGGAGGAUGAGGAUGCCUACAAGAAACAGUUCUCACGGUUCAUCAAGAACGGAGUCACGCCAGACACAGUUGAAGAAAUGUAUAAAAAAGCACACGCCGCCAUCAGAGCGAACCCCAUACAUGAAAAGAAACCCAAGAAAGACGUCAAGAAGAAGAGGUGGAAUCGCGCCAAGUUAUCUCUGGCACAGAGGAAGGACCGCGUCGCCCAGAAAAAAGCCAGCUUCUUACGAGCGCAAGAGCAAGAAGCGGGGGAAGGUUAGGGGCUCUGCAGAGAAAAUACAGCUCGCAUCACAGACAAAUAAAUUUAUUUCAAACUCAA